GCGGGCUCCAGUUACCAGGCCGGGUUAGGUCGGGGAGCAGGGAGUCUGCGGACGCCGCCAUGGCUGGCAGUGCUCUUGGGCCUGUGCGCUCCCUGCUCGCCGCCCUUCUGGCGCCCGCGCUGGUGGCACUACUGGUGUCGCCGGCCCGGGGCCGCGGGGGCCUGGACCACGGGGACUGGGACGUGGACCGGAGACUGCCUCCGCUGCCACCUCGCGCUGACGCGGCGCGCGUGGCCCGCUUCGUGACGCACGUCUCGGACUGGGGCUCGCUGGCCACUAUCUCCACGCUGAAGGAGGUGAGCGGCAGGUCCUUCGCGGAUGUCAUCUCCUUCAGUGACGGUCCCCCGGGCGCAGGCACCGGCGUGCCCUACAUGUACCUGAGUCCGAUGCAGCAACUAGUGAGCGACUUGCAGGAAAAUCCACAGGCUACGCUGACACUGUCUUUGGCACAGACUGUCUUCUGUAGGAAACAUGGAUUUGACCCACAGAGUCCCUUAUGUGUCCAUAUAAUGCUGUCGGGAACUGUGAUGAAGGUGGACGAGAAAGAAGCGGACUAUGCCAAGAAUUCACUAUUCCUGCGACACCCUGAGAUGAAAACUUGGCCUUCCAGCCAUAACUGGUUCUUUGCUAAGUUGAAUAUAACCAAUAUCUGGGUCUUGGACUACUUCGGUGGACCAAAAGUCGUGACUCCUGAGGAAUAUUUUAAUGUCACAGUGCAGUGACACAGAACUUGUUGACACCAGCGAAGAGCCGCUCCUGCACACUCAAAGGGCUUGACCUUGUCUGCAACUUCCCGGGGCUGACUCUGCCCCCUGCUGGUUGACUGUUUCCUCGCCUGUUUACAGAAUGUUGGUGGUCCUAGACUUCAUCUCUUGGAAAGAUGAGGUUGCUGGACUUAAAACGUGUAUUUGGAAGCCAUUUUCAUAGAAAAAUGCCAUUCAUUAUAAUCAAGGAUUUUUUCCAUCUAUUCCCAGUGUUUUUUCUUCAAUGGUGCCCAUAGAUGGGCAGCAUAGGCCAGGUGCAGAUUGCCCAUUGGCAUCAGAGGUACAGAAGUCCAGGCGCUUUAUUCCUGGUGGCCACUGUCCCUGGAGGGUGCCCUCCCUCCCCCACCUGCCUUGAGCCUGUGCAGAGGGGCCUGGAGUGGGGACGCCUAGGCAGAGGGUGUGCCCCAGAUGCAGAGCACCUGUGUGGACCCUUCAGAUGUAGAAGGGGAUGAACUUCCUAUUCAUGUCUGCUUGUACGGCUGAUCCUGCAUAGGACAGAAGUUCUGUAAAACUCUCUAAACGUUUUACAUGAUAAAGUCAUAGUUACCCAGAACAAACAA